CAUUUGUUUCCUCUUUUUUUUUUCUCCUCCUUUUUCCAUAAGACCCCACACGAUUGUUCUUAAAGAAAUUAGUAGCAUCCUUCAAGAGCCUAAAUCCUUGUUAUAAACAAUUCCAUACCAUUUUCAUCCACGAGACAUCUUCAUAAUCCUCCUUUUCAAACCUUAAACACUUACCAAUUCUUCCUUACCUUUACUUUCCACCCACUUGAAAAGCAAUGGCAGAUGCAAUUCUCUCCGGCGUUGCUGUGGAAAUCAUUAAUAAGCUGGCUUCUCAUGCUCGUCAAGAGACUAGGCUGUGGCGGGAUGUCAAUGAGGAGCUUGAGAAACUCAGGAUGCUAGUCUCAACAAUCCAAGCUGUGCUUGUUCAUGCAGAGGAGCAGUAUUCACAGAGUCCACAAGUCAAAGUUUGGGUUGAUUUACUAAAAGAAGCAUUUUACGAUGCUGAUGACUUAUUAGAUGAGUUCUACACCGAUGUUUUACUGAAGCAGAUGAUGACUGGCAACAAAAUGGUGAAGGAGGUAUGCUUGUUCUUUUCAAGCUCAAACUCAUUUGCUCAUGGUCUUAAAAUGGCUCAUAAGAUUCAGAAAGUUAGAAGUAAAUUAGAUGAGAUUGCUGAAAAUAAGAAGUUUCACUUAGAUAAGCUCCCUGAGAAGACAUUUCCUAUGAUUGGGGAAAGAGAGCAAACUCACUCAUCUUUACCUCAAUUAGUUGUUGGUAGAGAAGAUGAUAAGAAGAAAAUCAUUGAUUUUCUUCUGUCCUCUAGUCAUGGGGAGAAUGUGUCAAUCAUUUCCAUUGUGGGUAUUGGAGGCUUAGGAAAGACAACACUUGCUCAAUUUGCAUAUAAUGAUGAGACGGUGAAAUCAAAUUUUGAGCUCAAAAUUUGGGUGUGCAUUUCUGAAAAUUUUGAUGUAAAAAUAAUUGUUGAAAAGAUUUUGGAGUCUCUUGAUGGUGAGAAGCCUAAAAAUCUUGAAAUGAAUACCUUGAAAGAUCUUCUUCAUGAGAAGAUUAAUGGAAAAAAAUAUUUACUUGUUUUGGAUGAUUUGUGGAAUGAGGAUUCCGAAAAAUGGUUUCACUUGAAAGAUUUGUUAGUUGGAGGCAGAAGAGGAAGCAAAAUAAUAGUGACUACACGUCUUAAAAAUGUUGCAGAAAUGAUAGGAUCAACAAAAACACAUGAUUUACAAGGCCUACUUAUUGAUGAUUCUUGGUCUUUAUUUGCAAAUAUGGCCUUUAAACAAGGGGAAGUUAUUAGCCUAGACCAUGAGAGAAUUGGAAAAGAAAUUGUGGCAAAGUGUGUUGGAGUCCCUUUAGCCAUAAGAGUGAUAGGUCGUUUAUUGUAUUCUAAAAAUACAAUAGAUGAGUGGCAAAACUUUAAAGAAAAAGAGCUUCUAAAUAUGAAUGAAGGGGGAAAUAGUAUUAUGCAAACUCUCAGAUUGAGUUAUAAUUAUCUACCUUCUCAUUUAAGGUGUUGCUUUGCUUAUUGUAGAUUAUAUCCAAAAGAUUAUAAAAUUAACAUUUCGUAUCUGGUGAGCCUUUGGAUGGCACAAGGAUUCAUUAAAUCAUCAAAUUCAGAACAAAGUAUUCAAGAUAUAGGUUUAAAAUAUUUUAAGGAUCUUUCAUGGAGGUGCUUCUUUCAAGAAGUAGAAAAAGAUAAGUUGGGUAAUUUAUGGAGUUGUAAAAUGCAUGAUUUAAUGCAUGAUCUUGCCGCACAAGUAGUAGGGGAUGAAAUCAUUUUAUUAAGUUCAGAUGCAAAGUGUGUUGAAAAAAAAACUCGACAUUUAUCAAUUGAUUUUGAAGUUGAGUCAUGGCAAAAUGUUGCAAGUUGCUUACCUAAUGUGUCAAAGGUGAGAACAUUUACAUCAUUUAAUUGGUCAAAAAAGCAUGACAUUAAAGAAGUAGAAUGUGGUGAAAUUUUUUCCAAAUUAAGUCGUGUAAGGGUAUUAAAUUUGCGUGGUUUGGGAAUUAAGAAAGUGCCACGCUCCAUUGAUAAAUUGAAGCACGUAAGGUUUCUCGAUCUUUCUGAUAACGAAUGCAUUGAAAUCCUUCCUGAUUCCAUUAUUAAACUCCAAAACCUGCAAAUUUUGUACCUAACCAACUGUGAAAGGCUUAAACAGUUUCCUAAGCACAUUAAAAAGUUGGUCAAUCUCCAGAACCUUUACCUUCAGGGAUGUGUUAGUUUGACUCAUAUGCCACUUGGGAUUGGUGAACUAACUUCCCUUAAGAAUUUAUCAGCAUUCAUGGUGACCAAAGACAACAGUGUCUCCAGACAUAGCGGUGGACUUGGUGAAUUACGUGACUUGAACAAUCUGGGAGGAAAUCUAGAAAUCAUGAAUCUACUGUAUGUGAAAAAUGCAACAUCCGAAUUUAAGGCAGCCAAUUUGAAAGAGAAGCAACACCUUCAAACCUUGAGAUUAUCAUGGAAAUUGGGCGAUCCCUAUGAUAAUAAUAGUGAUAGUGGUCCAGAUGAUGUUGAAAAUGAUGAAGAAAUGUCAUUAGAAGAGCUGCGGCCACACCUUAAUCUAAAAUGGUUGAUUGUGUUUGGGUGCGGAAGACUCUUGUUUCCAAGCUGGAUUUCUUCCCUUACUAAUUUGGUGGAACUUCGAAUUGAUAACUGUAAAAAAUGCCAGCAUUUUCCACCGUUGGAUCAGUUCCCUUCACUUGAAUGUUUGACGAUUGAGGAUUUGACUGAUCUGGAGUUCAUAGAGAGUGGGAUUAAUUGCGACAAUGCAUUAUUCUUCCCUUCCUUAAACAAACUCUGGCUAGAAAAUUGCCCAAAUCUGAAGGGAUGGAGGAGAGAUACAUCCACGCCUCAGUUGCUUCAAUUUCACCGUCUUUUUUAUUUGGAAAUCAGGUCUUGCCCUAACCUCACUUCAUUGCCUCUCAUUCCAUCUGUCCAACAUUUGGGAUUGAUAAAUGCCAGCAAGAAGUCAUUGGAGGACAUACUGAAGAUGAAGAUUUCGGUGUCACAAUCUAUCUCUUCUUGUUCUUCGAUUUCCCCUUCUCAAUUGACAAUUCUGCAUAUCGAGGGAAUUGAGGAUCUAGAAGUUCUGCCGGAGGAUUUGUGGCAUCUACCCUCCCUUGAGGGUCUUGUCAUCAAGGCUUGUGAGGAGCUCGAUUUAUCUGAUGAUAUGCAGUGGCAGUACCUUAGAAGCCUCCGGGAGUUUCAAUUGAUAAAUUUGAACAAACUGGCGUCCCUCCCAAAGGGACUUCAGCAUGUUCCCACUCUACGCAAACUCUCAAUUGAAAGUUGUCCUAAUUUGAAAUCUUUACCAGAGUGGAUGGAAAGCCUCACCGCAAUAGAAGCUCUCUGGAUUGAAGAAUGUCCUCAACUGUCAGAAAGAUGCAAAAACAUUUUGGGUGCUGAUUGGCCCAAGAUUGCUCACAUCCCAAGUAUUAGUGUUGACAAUGCAUGGAUUCAACUGGAUGGCUGCUAAAACAUUGAUCAGAAGAAUGAGAGAUACCUUGCAAUAUUCUCCCUUAAAUCUCAAAGCAGUUGUUAAUAGAUGCUGAACAAUUGGUGUGUAACCAUGACAAUAUCUAGUAAUUUCAUUACUUUAAUUAAUUUCAGUAUCAUUUUUUUCUCUCUCUGUCGUCCAGAUGCUUUAGGAUGGGAAUUCAUUGAGUAGCUUCAUAAAUGAAAUUUCGAUGAAGGGCAUUGUCAUUUAUCAACUUCAUCUACGAGUUUGUACUACUCUGCACAUUCCUUUUGUAAGUUAAAUCAAUAGCCUGCCUUAAUUAUUCGGCACUUACCUGCUUGUCAGCAAGUAUUCACUCUUGAUUAGAAAACUUAAGACCACGAUUCCUACUUAAUUUUUUAAUUUGGUUUUCUUGAUUCUCUAGUUUUAACUGGAGUUGCCACUGUGAAGAAGUCCCAUAAUUCCUUGCAGUUUUAGCUUCUACACUUUGCAAGAGAAUUGGUUUUUCUAAACAUAAACUGGCAAGCUGGUGAGUGCCUCACUUGAUAAAAUGAACCUCCAUAUAUUCAAAUUUUUAGCUGAAGCAUGAUUUGUUGUUCUCAAAAUGAAACGCAGUGUCUAUUUCUAAAUGUUAUCUUGUUGUUCAUUGUGAAUUUGAUGUCGUUACCUCAGGGGACGCCCAAACUCACCUCAAAGCAGUUGUCGUAGACCUUGAUGUUGACAAUUGGUGAGCUAACUAUGACAGUCUCGCAUAGUUAAUUAAUUUCAUUUGCAAGGUUUUAUUUCUAGCUUCUUAAUUUUUUUUUUUUUUUGGGCUCUUUUUUUGCAUUGAACAAUUAACAGCUUGUAAACUGGAGGAUGGGAAUCAUUGUGAUGAGGGUCAUUGUCAUCCAUGAACUUUUCUUCACCUCUUUCCUUUUGUAAAUUAAAUCAACGACAUAUUUGUACUGCUAAAUGCAGAGGUGGAAAAAUCAUUAGUUCUGAAAGCAAAAUGACAUUCAACAGCAUUUUUUUGUCAAUCUAAUUCACACGUUUCAUCAAAUUGUGUGGUAAGCAGUGCUGGGUUUUUUACCCAAGAUUCGUUUUUUGUUAUGAACUCUUUCCCUGAUAUUUAAUUUGGUUUUUCAGGAAAAAAAAAUGACUAUCUCGAUUUUCUUCCAAAAAAAUGUAAAGAAUUUGCCCCAUAUUUAAACCUUAUAUUGUGAAAAGAAAUAUGGAAGGUACUCAAUGCAAGAAGCUUGAUCUAGUUUUCCUUAAAUGUUAUAAUCAUGCAAAAAUACGUGGUACUCAUCGCAUUUCUUUUGUCCAAAUAUGUUAAUUUGAAAACAUUGAAUGAGCAUAGGGACAUCCCAUCUGGUGGACUGAUUUGCUUUUCCAAUAGGCACAUAAAAAAUAUGACCAUUGCUCAGGAGUUUUACAAAAGCCUUUUAGAUGGGAAAAGACAUCUUUUGGAUUCAUAUGAGAUCUGGGUUUCAAUUAUUCAGUUUAUUGUUACACUAAUUUUAUGCUUGUGUCUGUGUGUUUAUGUGAUUUAUAAACAUUUUCAUAUGAACUAAGGUUAUUGUGUUUUUCUUU